AUGUCUGAAGAUGCGCAAACUGAAUCUAUAAUGGUUGAUGGGAAACCCCGUCUUCAAUACGUACCAAAGUAUUCCUACCCUCAGCAAGAUAGUGCAGUGAUGGACUCACCUCAAUCAGCUUCGAGCUUUGCAUCACCAAUAUCAUCAAAUUUUGCCCAAGACCGUUCCCAUUUAUCAACACCAACCCCAGCAGGUAGAUCGAGAGUCAGUGAGCAGCUUUCAACCAUGGGGCAUAGUAGAUAUGAAUCUACUGGCUCGCCAUUGAAGUCUGAGUUCUCUGCGAAUGUCAGUAAUGGUGAAAUGCCACCUCCAGGUCGCUCAAAUUUGACCAGUGGCAGUUAUAAAUCUGGUAGACGACAACGUCCAAGAUCUUUGUACGCCGACUUAGAUUCCUAUAUUAACAAUUCUUCCCCUUCAUUAAUCGUCAAGAAAUCUCAUGAUUCUCUAAGGUCAAAUAAUGAUAGUAUAACAGGAAGUCCACAGUGUGCGCAACCGAAACAAAUUCCAUCUCUCAAUACUUUGGCGUCAUCAAAUGAACCUAUUCUUCAAUUCUCCCCGCCAUCUAAUAGUUACUCUACUAAACCUGGAAACAGAUCUAGUUUAUAUUCAAUGGGCUCUAACAAUUCCCAAAAAGCCUUACAUGUAUUAUCACCACCAUCUUUGGGCACGGGGAUAUCCAGAAGUGGCUCAAGAUCAGAAUUAGACAAUACCAGCAGCUACAAUGCUAAUGGUAGUGAGAUUUUCUAUAAUUCAAGGUCUAGCUCCCCCGUCCGUAAUGGAAGCCCCUCUAAACGAAAGGACUCCAGUUCAUCAACCACAAAUCCAUUCAAUUAUUCAUCUAUUAGUAUGACCAACCAAAAUAUUUUACAGAAACCUGCUCAUAGAAGGGGUCAUAGGUACAAACAUUCCUCUGUUUCUAUGAACCUCUUUCAAGAGCCUAAAAAGAGGGCCAAUUUAAAUAUUCCAACUUCUUUACCAAUCCCUUCAGUCACAGAAUUUUUCGAAUCGAGCACUUAUUCCCAAAAACUAAAGUUAUUUUUAUGUUGCUUCCAUUUGGCUUAUUCGUCGGUGAUUUUUUUAGCUGGCUUUCAAUAUUCUUUGGCUUGUUUAACUACAUUAUCGCAUUUAGUAUUUUUUGAUUCCAUUAAUAAUCUCUUGGUUGUUGUUGUUGAAAUUUUCAAAAAUUUUGAAGUUUGGGACAAGUCUUCUAUCAGAUUUCCUUUUGGUCUCACCAGAUUGGAGGUGCUAUUUGGAUUUGCAUUGAGUGUUUCUUUGUUUUAUGUGGGAUUUGAUUUGAUUACCCACUGUUUAGAAGAAUUUGUUGUGAGUUUAAUUGAUCAAGAUUUCAAUCACGACAACCACCACAAUCACAAUAACGAUGAGCAUAAAAAGUUGUCGGAUGGUAUAUUUUUGUUUUUGGUUUUGACAGGGAUAUUCAUCACAUUGCUUGCAAAUAAGAUUUUGUCUUUUAAUGAUAAUCCUUUUACAGAAAAUGGAGAAGCUAUUGGUGACGGGAAAUUGCAUUAUAAACGCUCAAAUCUUGAUUUAUUGGCUACCGCGGAUAAUCCAAAGAAGAAAGGUAGUCUGAAUAUUGGGAUCUUGGAAUUUCUCAGGAAGAACAGUUAUGAUAAAUUGAUUGACGGAAUCAAAUAUGUAACUGACAAUAAUACUGUUGUCAAGGAUCCAAUCAAGUUCUUGACUUUGAUAUUCUUGGGCUAUCUUUUAUUUUAUCCGUCAAUUUCCAAAUUCAGCUCUGACUUCAAAUUUAAUGAGCUCCAAACUUUUGUGAUGGCAACUUUAAUUCUUUAUUUCGCGUUCAAUAUGAUGAAGAAAUUGUCUUUGGUGAUUCUUCUAUCCUUUCCUUACGGAAACCGGAUCUUCAAGAAAAAUUCAAAUGAGAUCAAUGAUGAACUUAUAAAACUUGAUUCCUUCAAAUCAACAUUUAAGGUGAAGAAAAUCAUCAUUUCUAAAGUGAACUACCACCUCUUUGUGGUUUUGAUCAAAAUCAAAAUGGUUGGCGGUUCAGAUAAAGAUGAAUUCAGAUUACAUGCUGACGUUUCAAGGGUGGUGAAGAGAGUCUUGAUCAGAAAUGGUUUGGAAAAUGACUCUAUAAAUUUUGAUAUUACACUUGACGUUGAUAGAAUGUGA